UAAAUUUCAGAUUAAUGUCAAACUACACUUCCCUGAUCGACGAUAUAGAAAAUCUGACAGUACCCACUUCCUCCGACGACCCAUUUCCCUCCCCGGCAGACCCUUUUGAGGACUAUGUGAAUGUGACGGAUUAUACAAUUAUUGAGAUAAAAAAUAAAAAUGGAACCGAGUCUGUAAGGCUUUUCGAGUAUUUUAAUGUGAACCCAUUCCUGGUCUACGCGAUAUGUGGAAUUGCAGCCGUUAUUGUAAUUAUUGCUAUUAUAUCUUUAAUUUUAUGGCUUAAAAACCAUAAAACACGAGUUAUAAAUGAGACAACUGAUCCCGUGCUGACCUCCAGUUAUCAGGAUGGAAAGGGAUGCUUAAGCUGCUGCUGCCCGGCAAAACCACAGAUUACUGUAGACCAGCGGCAAAACUCGGCGAGCAACUUGGAAUCCUACGGGCGGCCCCCACUGCCGCAGUCCGCUUACUUUAUGGAUCGGCCUAAGAGUCAAGAGUCCUUCACCAUUGACACCUCCAACCUGGCAAUGUACAUCGAUGGAAUCGAAGAAAUCCCGAAUCGAGAUCCUCCGAGAGGAGUACAAAGGGAAUUGCCAAAAUAUCGAUUGCAGCAGUAUCAAUUAAAUCAAUAAAUUGAUAAUUUUGAUGUAGAAAUUUGAAUAACUUUUUUAGUCUGAAAAAAUCGAUAAAGCCCUGAUAUUUUGCUACCUGUGAUACAUAUUUUGAAAUUUUGAAUAUUAUUCUAAUAAAUCAAUUUAUUUUG